CCGCUUUUCAACUCGUCCACCAAUCAUUGCGCUCGGCAGACAUGCCAUGUUCUUCCGCCGAUGCACCUCGCACAACACCCAUAGACCUUCGUUGAGCCUGUGCAAGCCUUACUCGUCGUCAUCACCCUCCAUUGCCACACAGGAACGGCUUCGCGCUCUUCUACGUGAGACUGCGCAGCCCGUCGCGGUCGUGACAUCGCGUCUGCAGUCCUCUUCGUCCAAUGCUACCUCGGCCGCGUACCAUGGAGCAACCCUAUCCUCGUUUUCAUCCAUUGCAAUGGACCCGCAUCCACUCAUUGCAUUUUCUUUGCGUCUGCCGUCUAGAAUGGCAACAGCACUGAAGUCCGUGGACCCAUCCGCUCCUUCGCAUAUGGUCGUAAACAUCCUCUCCGCCGCGCAAAUGCAUACCGCGAUAUCCUUCUCCCGCGUCGACCUGCACCCGGAGCCCUUCAAACACGAGCCAUACACGCUCACUAAGGAGGGAUUGCCUAUGCUGGAAGGCUCUCUCGGCGCCUUGUCGUGCAAGAUGGUUUCCUCGUGGCCGUUGCACGACUUGGAACUGAUAGAGCAAAGCCUUGGGGCCAAGUUGGAAGCAGGAAGCGAGUGGUCAGGAGAUGGGGUAGCCUCAGAGCUGUUCGUUGCUCGCGUUGUCCGUGUGGAGAAGACCGUAGACACAGAAGACCAGUCAUGGCGGACGUUGCCUCUACUAUAUCACAGAAGGACAUAUGCGACUACCUCUGAGAUGCCUCUUGCCGACGCUCAGCGCAAACCACAAAAUUCUUAGAUCAUGAUGGCCAUGCUGAUCUUGUCUAUUUGUACAAUAAUGCUAAUGAAUGAACCUGCUAGAGGAC